UCCUGGGAAAGGGGCGGUCACAACAGACAUGGACGCUUUCCCCACCAUCCUCUGCGGCCCCUCAAGAUGGUGGCGCCCGGUGGUGCCAUGAGCGAUUCCGAGAGCUGCAGCAGUAGCAGCAGCGAUGCGGAGGAGCUGGCGCGGUGCCGCGAGGCGGCGAUGCCCGCCUGGGGGCUGGAGCAGCGCCCGCGGGGGACGGAGAGACCCAGAGCCGAUGCAGCAGGUAAACAGGUGCCAGCGUCCCAGCCAAGCCUCAGGCGUGAAGUGAACCAGCACGAGGAAGAUGCCAAUGAGCUUCAGACUACUCCUGAGUUCCGAGCCCACGUGGCCAAGAAGCUGGGAGCCAUGCUGGACAGCUCCAUCGCCAUCUCAGAAGUGUGGAAGAAGCCGCGCAAGGCAGAGGUGCAGCAGGUGGCAGAGGAGGAGGAUGGCUUCCGCCUUUUCUUCACAUCCAUCCCCGGAGGCCACGAAAAGGAAGCUUCUCAGAAACCCUGCCGAAAGCGCCAGCCCCCCAGCUCCAGCAGCGAAGACAGUGACGAGGAGUGGCAGAGAUGCCGGGAGGCAGCUGUGUCCGCGUGGGACAUUCUCCAGGAGUCAGCCAUCCACUGUCCUGCCGAGGUGGAGAGGGAGGCGGAGAAGAAGAAGAAGAAGAAGCAGAAAAAGAAAGCCAGGAAGGAGGCUGACGUUGACUUGGCCGGAGCCACAGGCCUGAAACCGGUAAAGGAGGCAGGCAGCGUCAACGGGGACCCAGCAUCACUUGGGACCAAAAAGAAGAAAAGGAAGAAAAAGGCCAAGAAAUCCAGGGAGGCUUCCCCAUGCCCACCAGCAGAGCGUGCUGAAAACUGACUUCAGACUGUAGGCACCAUGGCCACCAGCUGUUGAGGAUGAGGUGCCCACGGGGUCAGGGCAGGGCCAAGCCAUACUCCCUCCAGGUUCCAGCACCGCCUCUACCCACAAGUGACUUUAGUUGGGCCUGUCUAAGAGUCCAAGCAAAGGAGUGGGUGUGUGCGGAGAGGCCUGAGCAAGGGGAUGGACUUGCGGUUCCAGAACAUUCUAUUACCUCAGGAAGGAGGGCUCUUCCAGCUUUUGAGACGGAGUCUCGGCUUCCAUCUCCCCCACCUGCCCAGCCUGGUGUGACAAGUGGUCUUGAGGAGUGAGGGGGAGGGGUCUCCAAGCUACUGAGGCCCAGAAAAACUUUUGUACCCCUUCCCCAGCCCACACAGACCUAACAACAUUGUCUGGAAGAGAAGGAAAGAUAUCCCCCGGCUUUUCCCCAGAAUUCUCUUACCCCAGAUUUUUUAAUAUACUGUCCAUAGUAGCGUGUCUUAAGUCAGUUCAGUCACUGAAAAUCAGGUGCCAGGGUACGAGGACCUGCUGAGUGGUAGGUGCAGGCUUGGCUACAGGGCCUCGAGUUCUGACCCCAGCACCGAAGAGAAAAAGGAAAAUAAAUUAUCAGGUGACCCAAGUCGUAGACUAGGUGCUGCGUCUGCUGGGUGCUGACUCCCUGUUUUA